AUGCGUCGUAAUAUUAAACGCAGUUUAACUGGACUGGACAUAUUCUCAUUUUGUGAUUCUUCGCCAUCCCCUGUGAGACGAAAAUUAGAGUUACAAACUGCAGAAUCAAAUACUUGUACGCCAUCCCAUAUCCAACAAGAAUCAAUUUCUUUGUACGAGAAAAAAACCAACUACGAUCAUGCUAGCAGUUUAAAUACGUUUGUGUUUGAUGAAAGGGAUCUCAUAGAGAGUGAUAGUGAUAGUGGCAGCGACAAUGAUGAGGAAGAGACACAACAGAAAUCGACUAGCAGUUCAUAUGCUAAACGACAAGAAAGCUCGUCACUAAACUGGUUAAAGAUUAGGUCCUACCUGCGUGAUGCUGUAAUUGAGUCAGAAUGCAUUCCAGUUGGCCAAAUAUGUAAUAACUGUAAUGUUGAAAGUGCAAAUUUCAGAUGUUUAAGAUGUGGAAUUGGAAAUUUCUUUUGUGAGACUUGUGUUGCGUCAAUCCAUAGCAAUGUAUGUAUCUUCCACGUUAUUGAGCAGUGGAAGGAUGGAAUGUUUUUGCCCAGCCCGAUUAUUGAUAGAGUUAUUAAUCCUCGUCCUUGGCACCAAUGUCCAUGCAUGGAAACAAAGCUGAUCACUGCAAUCUGUGACAAUGGUCGAAGGCAUGAGCUUCAUGUCACAACCUGUCCAUGUGAGGCCUUUCCUGUUUCAUUGGCAAGGAUUAGACUUUGGCCUACAAGCUCCAAACAGCCAAGAUUUGCAGUAUCCUUCGAUCUUCUAGACUGGAUGGAGGCCUUGCUUUUGGAAUGCCAGGUCUCAGUUAGUGACUUCUGCAAAGCACUAGAUGUUAAAAUGCCAAAAUACGUAAUUAAAAAAGAUCUAUAUCCUGUUAUCAUUGACUGUUUUGAAGAAUAUCGCUUUAUGAAACAUGAGUUACGGACACUUCAGCAUAUUUGUCCAGACAGAGACUAUGGAAAUGUUUGCCCAGCUUGUCCUGUGGAUGAUGGUGUUAUCAUUGAAUCAUUUGAUGCUUCUUUUGGACUUCCUCGGAAAAAGGCGUCUGGUUCGAGCACUCGAAAACCUUUGCACGGAAAUUUUAUAUUUUCAUCGCAGGAAGAUAUUGACAAAUUUGUUGAGGAAUAUCCAACGCAACCAAUAUCACAGAAGGAUUGCAGUGAUUUUAACGCGGGUGAUGCACUACGAUCAAAAUCGAAAUUUAAAGCACUUGACGAGACAGGUGUUUUUGGACGAGCUUGUAGGCAUGGCUUUCCUAAACAGUUUAUAAAUCUAAAACAUGGUGAAAGGAUAGCUUAUUCUGUUUGGAUGUUGAAGGACAUGCUCGAAAAAGCACCAGAUGGGAAUUUCGACAUCAAAGUGAUGUACGAUAUUGGAUGUGUGCUGGCCAAACAUUUACGGGCGUCGGGUCAAACGGACUUGCUUUCAAAGGUUUCGUUAGCUGUACCCGCUUUUCAUGUAUAUGGGCACAAGGCUACUUGUCAGCUUGAAUACAGCCCUAGAAGAGCCAAUGGUUUUGGACUUUCGGACGGAGAGCAAUUGGAAAGGUUAUGGUCGUAUUUACGUCGCUUUGGCAAAAUGACUAAGGAAAUGCGCCCUUCCCAUCGUAUUGACGUGCUUAGCGAUGCAAUAUUGUACUAUGGUCGUUCUUGUAAAGAUAAAUUAGUUUCAGGUUUGCUAAGAAAUUGGAAAAGGUGCGCAGAUUGCAUUGAAGCAAGCAAGAAGAACAUAGACGAGCUAUCGGUGAAAUCAAAUGUGCCCUUGUCAGAAGCUGUAAUAGAGGAGUUCACUCAGCAGGAACGUCUUCGGAUUUGUGGAAAUGAACCAACAACAAAUGAAGAAACUGAUCAUGGUUCUGAUAGCCCAGUAGAGUCUUAUGUUGAUAAAUUAAGAAUUUUUUAUACAUUGAGAAACCAUAUGUGUGCAGAUGCAUCUCUGACAGCAGACGAAUUAUCGGCCAUCACCAAGAAAAUUACGAGACUAGAUAAGGAACUCACUGUCGUAGAAAAAAAAAUGAACAUUUUAUCGCGGUGGUCACCGAAUCACGAAGAAUACCAGAAAGAACUCGAAUCGAAGAAUCGGAGAAAGUGUGGUGAAGGUUUUCAAAAAAUAAAAUCUGUGUGCGAAGAGCGUCUUUUUCUUUUGAGUUUGAAAGAAAAAUAUUCAGACGGUCACGCAUUGUCAAAACGGUUGGCAAAUCAAAUUAAAAAAACAGAAAAAGUGAUGAAGCAACUCCUGCUGGAGUAUAAGUCAUCCCGGGAACAGUUAAGUGACGAAAUGAAAGCCUCCUUCAAGGAGUUAACCCUUGACAGCGCAAAACGCCAGGAAACGUUUAGCAUGAAUGAGUGUGCUAAUGGACCUAAUGCCAUACCAUCGUGUAUGAAAUGGUAA